AUGUUCACAAUUCAAUUUAUCAUCUAUUAUUUUGUGCAUAUUGCCAAGUUGAAUAAUGUCUUAUUUCUACACUGUUGGCCAGCUAAUUCACUCUUUCAACUGGUACACUUAGCACAUAAUUCUGGGAUAUUCAAUCAAUUUUUGGAUCUAAAUGCUUCUUUCUCGCAAGCGGAGCAUUUGCAAACACAACUCGUUAAUCAUGAACUUAUUAAGCUGGGCAUUUACUUUGACAUCAAUUGUGAUCAGAGCAAUGAAGUUUUGCAAAUGGCAAAUAUACAAAGCUUAUUUAAUGAUCAUUAUCAUUGGUUAAUCAUUGAUCGCAACUUUAAUUUAAAACAACUUCGAGAAAGAUUUGCUGAAGCACUACUUUAUGUCAACAGCGAGUUAACUUAUGUGGAACCUCAGGCAAAUCUUAGCAGCUUUAUACUCUACGAUUUAUAUAAUAAAGCUAAGCACUUGGGCAGUAAACUAAACAUAACCAUCGAUCAGCAAAUUGUUUGCAAUGAGCGAGGUUGUCACGUCAAAAGAUAUCUAAGUGAUCUGCAUCUGCGACUUCGAUUGCAAAAUCGCAGAUAUUUCACUGACAUUACACUGAGAGUAAAUGCAGCAAUCACCGCGAUGCCUGUAGAUUCCCCAGAGGAGCAGAUAAAAGAGUUUCUAAGCAGUCUUGAUGAUAUUUACAAGGAUUCAUAUGCCAGGCUGGGCUAUCAAACGCAUCAGGUGUUCAAGGACUUACUGGAUUGCAACUUUUCAUUCACUUUUCGCGAUCGCUGGACGGACUCGGAGCUAACUGGCGGCCUCAUUGGGGAUUUGAUAAAUGGCAGCGUUGAUAUGACAACCACCGCUUUCUUAUACACCUUGGGACGCACCAAGUACUUUAGGCCCUUGACCUGGCACAGUUCCUUUCGCUCCGUCUGCAUGUUUCGUAAUCCACGCUCAGCUGGCGCCGAGUUGCGUGUCACGGAAUUCCUCGAGCCAUUCAGCUGGACGGUUUGGCUUAUGUUUAGCGCACUGCUGCUGUUCACUGGCUUCUUGCUAUGGCUGACAUUUCUGCUGGAGCGUCGUCUAAACCGAGCUAGCAGCAUGGAAACAUCCUUGUUGACCAGUUGCCUGUUAUCCUUUGGUGCAGCCUGCAUUCAAGGAGCUUGGCUACUCCCUCGCUCAACGGGUGGUCGCAUGGUCUUCUAUGCGAUAAUGUUGACCUGCUUUCUAAUGUACAACUAUUAUACAUCUAUAGUUGUGUCCACACUACUGGGAGCACCGCCAAAAUCAAGUAUACGCACCAUACAACAGCUGGCAGAUAGCAAUCUGGAGGUGGCCGUUGAACCCACCAUUUAUACGAAAGUUUAUGUAGAGACUGCUGAAUUUCCCGAUAUACGCAGUUUGUAUUUGAACAAGAUUUUAAACAAAGAUCCCAAACGCAUUUGGUUGCCCUCAGAGCAGGGCGUGUUGAUGGUUCGAAAUCAUCCUGGCUUUGUGUUCAUAGCAGAAUCAGCUAGCGCAUAUGUUUUUGUACGAAAACAUUAUUUGCCACACGAGAUUUGCGAGCUGAAUGAAAUUCUAUUGCGCGAUGAGACAAGCGCCAAUACGAUCAUAUUGAAAACAUCUAAUUUUGCAGAGCUUUUCAAACUAUGUCAAUUGCGCCUCUUAGAGACUGGAGUGCAUUUCAAGCACUUUCGCUAUUGGGUGCGCAACAAGCUGCAUUGCUAUCAAAGCAAUGUCACCGUUGUGGUGGGCUUGGAAUCCGCCGGACCGUUGUUUCUCCUACUACUCAUGGCGUAUAUCAUCUGCUUGUUUGUUUUGGGCCUGGAAAUACUGUGGCAUAAACCUUUACAAUUCGCUCAACAAAUCUAUAAUUCGCCGCAACUCAUCUAUCAUCAAUUUGUGCACUUGAACGACUUGAAUUGGGAGCAUUUGGAACAGCGCUAUUUGGAUCAUCAGCAGCCCACUUUAGCUAUCUAUGUAGAUCUGCAGUGUGAGCGUAGUGAAGCGCUUUUAAAGGAGGCUAGUCAAUCGCAGCUUUACAAUCAGCACUAUCAUUGGCUUCUACACGACAGCUUAUCUGGCUUUGGCUUCUACCAAUUCUUUGCACCCUUCAAUCUAUCUGUAGAUGCAAAUGUGGACUAUGUGAAGCAGGAGGUUCGCGACAAUGGAGACACCAACUAUGCGGUCUACGAUGUCUAUAGCAAUGGCAAUCACAUUGGUGGGAAACUCAAUAUAACUGGCAAUUACGAAGUAAACUGCAAUGUUACAAAGUGCACAUUGAAGUGUUAUUUGAGCACCUUGCAUCUGCGCUCCAAAUAUGGCCAACGAGAGCAGCUUCGGGAUGUGGUAUUGCGUGUGGCCACUGUGGUGACUCAGCGACCCAUCACCUGGUCGCCAGAGUGUUUGAUACGUUACCUCAGCCAGGAUAACAACACGCACAUCGAUGCCAUAGCGCGGUUUGGCUUUCAUAUCAAUCUGGUGCUCAAGGAUAUUCUGCAGUGCGGGUGA